AAUUGUUUCAAUUAUUUUUAACUUUGCGCGGUACAUGACAUUGUUUUGUAAGAGAACGUGCAACCGCCCUUACAUUAGUCCAAACGCCGCGCAGCCGCGUGUCGCUAGUGUAGUGCAGCAGAGUAGGAGUGGUAGGUGUUCUCUGAGCCGGCCGUCAUCCACCAGCCGCUGCAGUGGCGUUGAUCCGUGCGAAGCGAAACUGAGACCCUAGUAAGGCGAAGCAGCCCUCGUAAAAGGAAUCAAACUCGGCGCAUACCAUGUUUGUGUCAUGUGGUGGAUUUCUGAAUCUAGGCGUUGGCCUCGCUCGUCGCAUGUGCUGGACGUAUGUAACUGCCAAGAACAUUGGAAGUUUUCCCGAUUAUGUCAAGGUUGUUGAAGUGGGUGCCAGGGAUGGUCUUCAGAAUGAGAAGGAGAUAGUGCCGACGAACACAAAGAUAGACCUUAUCAACAGGCUGGCCAGUUCGGGGCUCCCUGUUGUAGAGGCAACAAGCUUUGUCUCGCCAAAGUGGGUCCCUCAGAUGGCCGAUCACACCGAGGUGCUCAAGGGUAUUGAGAAGCACAAGGGCGUCAGCUAUCCUGUGCUUGUGCCGAACAUGAAGGGCUUCGAGGAAGCGCUUGCUGCUGGGGCCAAGGAAAUAGCUGUGUUUGGAGCCGCAUCUGAAACGUUCACACAGAAGAACAUUAACUGCAGCAUUGAGGAAAGCAUCAAGAAGUUCUAUGACGUCAUCGAGGCAGCAAAGGCUAAGGACAUUAAAGUCAGAGGGUACGUGUCGUGCGUGGUGGGCUGUCCCUACGAGGGUGCUGUGUCCCCCGACGUGGUGGCCAAGGUGGCUGGCAUGCUGUACAGGGCCGGCUGCUACGAAAUCUCCCUCGGGGACACCAUUGGUGUGGGCACUCCAGGAACCAUGCGGCCGAUGUUACAGGCUGUGCUUAAGGAGGUGCCCGCAACUGCUCUGGCCGUCCACUGCCACGACACUUAUGGACAGGCGCUGGCCAACAUCUUGACCGCUCUGGCUAUGGGUGUGGCCGUGGUCGACAGCUCAGUGGCCGGCCUUGGCGGGUGCCCAUACGCGCGUGGUGCAACAGGAAAUGUUGCCACCGAGGAUGUGCUCUACAUGUUGCACGGCAUGGGCAUACCAACGGGCGUUGACCUCCAGAAGGUGAUUGGUGUAGGUGACUUCAUCUGCAAGGCUCUCAACAGGCCGAACAACUCCAAGGUGUCACGAGCCAUCAGCAGGCUCUGAGUCGCACCUACAGCCAAUCUUCACCGCUUCAUCCCAGAAGCCAAAGGCCCAUCACUACUCCCAUCAUCGUUAUCAUGAUCACCCAAUGUUGGUCACGUUGGCUCCUCCCUGGCUUGGCUUCGGAGGUGGCUCACUAUAGUCAUUAAUUUUGCAAGAACCUCAGCAACUUUUUUUUUUUUUUUUGGACGGCCUCGUAUAUUCAAGAACCUCGAUAUUGAGCAGUUCCCAAUGUCAUGGCAGAGGCCUCCUAUUUAUUUAUUUUGUGCAUUUAGUCUAUUUUCAUAUACAGUUUCAUUGUAUACUUGUGCCAAUGAUGUUUUACACAUCUGUAUUGACACGCUGCUUUGCAUAUUCAAAGUGGCUUUUGUGGUCUUGGUAAAGAUCAUUGUAGCUAAAGGCCAUUCAAAUAUUACUGCUUAGUGGUUUAUGAAAAUAAUUAAUUUUCAUUCACUGCUGCUGAGAUAAGCUCACUUAAAGGAUUUACUUUCGUGUGUAAUAAGAACAAUAAUGUUGUAUGCUGAAAUCGCUCUCAAAAUAAUAAUUUAAAUUCAGGUAAUGUUACUAGUUUGGAUACUGUACCGCCUGGCAGUUUCUCUUGUAAUGUCCGUGCUGGCAAGUCACUGCCUUUGUCAGAACAUUUCGCAUUGAGCCUGGUGUUUAGAGUUUGCCAUUUUUCUGUAGGAAGCCAAAAGUUUGUCGAACUCAACGCUGUGAUAGUCGCGCAAGUUAGUGAACAUUUGUACGAGGGGCACUAAUCUUUUCUUUUUUUUUAUUUGUGAAGUUCUCUCAUGACUUUUUGUGGUGAAGAAUAUUGAUGCAUUGACAAUCAUGCUGCCUGUACCUUCUGUAUAAAUAGCCUUAUGUACUGAAACUUUAAUGUGCAGUUAAUGACAAAUAAAAUUUGUUACUGCGAA